GAGCCUCGAGUUAGAACGGUUUACGGUUCAUCUGAUCGACCUCGGUUUUCCUUUCCAAGAACGUGGAGGUGGACUCGGACUUCGACGAGAAGUGUCCCGAGGAGAAGCUGGUGGAGGGGCUGACCAAGAAGUUGGGCAACCUCGCCACCGAGGCGAAGCCGAGUCCGCUCGAUGGCGUCUUGUCUGGCCUCCCGCCGAAGACACUAAUGGCGAAACUAUCUGAUCCGCUUCAUCUUCACCUGGUUGAUGAUUGGGGGCUUCUUCUUCCUGAUCUACAUGGGUCCCCUUGCUCUCAUGAUAAUCACCCUGAUGGUUCAAGUGAAGUGCUUCACGGAGAUCAUCAACAUCGGGUACGNUACGCCGUGUACCGGGUCCACGGGCUGCCGUGGUUCCGCUCCAUUUCCUGGUACUUCUUGAUCGCCUCCAACUACUUCUUCUACGGAGAAAGCCUCGUCGAUUACUUCGGGGUGCUUGUGAACAAGACUGAGCUCCUCCAUGCCUUGGUGACGUAUCACAGGUUCAUCUCGUUCUCACUCUACAUCGUCGGGUUCUGCUGGUUCGUCCUGUCCCUGGUGAAGAAGUACUACAUGCGCCAGUUCUUCCUCUUUGCAUGGACCCACAUUGCGCUCCUCAUCUGCGUCACCCAGAGUUACCUCAUCAUUCAGAACGUCUUUGAAGGGCUCAUCUGGUUUGUGAUCCCCGUGUCCAUGAUCAUAUGCAACGACAUCUGGGCCUACAUGUUCGGCUUCUUCUUCGGGAAGACCCCACUGAUCAAGCUGUCCCCGAAGAAGACCUGGGAGGGGUUCAUCGGCGGCGGGGUGGCCACCAUCAUCUUUGGCUGUCUGGCUGCACACUUCCUGGGGCGGUACCAGUUCUUUGUGUGUCCGAUCCAGUACUCGGAAGAGAUGGAGAAGAUGAUCCUGGAAUGCGAGCCGUCGAGGCUUUUCCAGCUCACCGAGUACCAGUUCCCUGGAUUCCUCCGGUCCAUCUGCAGCAUUCUGGGGCUGAGGAAGUCUGUGUACUUGUACCCGUUCAUGUGGCAUUCCAUCUCCCUCUCGAUGUUCGCGUCCAUCAUCGGCCCCUUCGGCGGGUUCUUCGCGUCGGGCUUCAAGCGCGCCUUCAGGAUCAAGGAUUUCGGGGACGUGAUCCCCGGCCACGGUGGGAUCCUGGACCGCUUCGACUGCCAGUUCCUCAUGGCCACCUUUGUCAACGUGUACAUCUCAUCCUUCAUUCGUGCUCCAUCUCCCCAGAAGCUCCUUCACGAGGUCAGUGCUUCCCCAGAGAAGUUGGCCAUACAUAUCCUGAAGCUGAAGCCAGAAGAUCAGCUGACCCUGUUUUCGAGCUUCCAGGGUCUCCUAAUGCAACGAGGGCUCCUGCCCCCGCUGCCCUGAUCGCCUCGGGGCUGUCGCGACGAGAGGGAAUCGGCGUGGAGGAAGCUGCGCGCUCCUUCUCGUUUUUCCGUCUCCACAAUCCCUUUCUAGUCGGUAUCUCUCGGAUACAUUCGGUGUGCUUUUUACGUACCCCAGAUUAUUAUUUUUUGGGUUUGGACACUUCUGUUUGUUAAUGUUGACCAGAUUUUACCUCUUCUUUUUCACUUUUCUGUAGAAGUUAUAUUUCCAUGGUAUGUAUGAGAGGGCAUUACUAUUCAAUGCGAGGGUCGAGGUUGUACCUGCUUUCCAAAAAUCCUUCCUUGAAAUUUUCGUAUGCAUGCGUGAACUCGGGUCCGCUCGGGACCGUGCGAUCGGGUCGGCGGACGUGAAUCGCAUCCCAGUGAAGUUGGUUCAACUACCUCAGGUUUCUCCCUUUUUUUUUUAACUUAAAAUUAUUGAUAUUAUUCAAUUUGCAUGAAGCAUUUCAGGUGUUCUUGUUGUAUAGACUUCAUAUUAUCCACAUUGGGUCAGCAUUGACCUGUUAUGACCUAUACAUACUGUAGGCCUAGGUGGAGAGUUGUUUGUAUGAGCACAGAAUCCCAAGGUAGAGAGACAUGGAGAGCGGAAGGGAUCGGGAUCGAACCCACGACACCUCCUAGCUCCCAAGUGGAGGUUCGAACGAAUCGCCCUUGAAAUAAAAGGAGAAAAAAAGACAACUUGCUAGAUGUCGUUCGUCUGUAAGAUUUAUGGGAUGUCGUACUCAUGUAUAUGCACUAAUUCCAUACAGCAGCCACUAGUUCCAGUAGAAUGCUUAUCACUUCCAUUUUCCCAUAACACUAUUGGGUGAACUACAAUUCUGUAAUUGAAUCUUCACUUGCUCACUGAAUGGUUAGAACUUGCAUAGUAUAUUGCAGUUGUAAUGUAGCCAAAGAAGCUGAAACACAGAUAGUGGCUUUACCUCGCAUAUUGGGUACUCGCAUGAGACAGGUCCACUAGGUGUAUUAGAGGGUUGGGAUUUAGGGUAGCAGGUAUAACUGACUAGGGCACAUGUGGCCAAAGUAGAUAUAUUGGGAUAUAUUUGAAAGUAUUUGACAAAAAACACUGCAGACACUGCAUUGUCCGAUGGAUAUGAUAUUUAUGCUCCAUCCAGCACUGAAUCCCCGAUGGAUUUUUUGUGGGUUUUUUUAAAGAUUAUUUUUUCUCUUGGCAUUCCAAUUUAUGUGAUGCACGCUGCAAUACUGUAUUGUGAUUGUGCCAAAUUUUCCCACAAUACAGCUAGAGGAAACUUUUGAACAAUCAAAAGGUGCACAUAGAUGGUCAACUGGAACACUACAAAAUUUGCAGUACAGUAUUUUAUACGUGAAAUUGAUGAUAUUCAAAUGAUAAUAUAUACCUGUAUGUGAUUUUCGUUGGGCAUUGUUACAUGUAUUGAGAAAAUAAUCAUGGUUCAUGUUUGAAUGCUUGGUGUGAGUCGCCAGCCCUGCUGCGACUUCUUAGAGCUUGAUUACUGGGAUGAGACUACUGGGUGCAUGGAAAUUUGCCUGUGAUGGGAUUGAGAGAAUAUCAGGAUCACAUAGUAGAAUGUAUCGUCGUCUCACAGAUUUUGGCAGUAUGAGAGAAUAUUUUGCAAGAGUCGUUUUGUUUUUCGCUAGCUUCCAUUUCUUGUAGAUGUGUUGCAUCUACGCAAACGUAUCCCAGAUGGCUGGGCCCCUGUAAAGGAAAACCAAAAAGAAACAUCUCCUUGCAUAUUUCCUUCAGUGCAAAAAGGCAUGUGUGUCAUAUGUUUCCAUUGAUGUGUCUUGUCACAUUCCAAUGCUGUAGGAGGGUCGGUGUUAGCUUGCUGAAGUUCAAAUAAAAAUGGUUUUCUCCCUUG